UAAUAUUUUUUAAUUUCAUUCUAAUUUCAACAAUUUUUACGCAAUAUAUUUAUCUAAAGUAAACAUUAGUGAUAUUUGUGGCAAAUUCCAAAAAGGCUGAUAAGAUUUGUGCCCAAAGCACGGCAUACUUAAAACGCACAAAACAGCGACAAUAGUCUAUAAAAUAAGCAACAAAAACAGAAAAGAUAUCGCAUAAAAUAUAUUCCAUUUAUAUAUACAUACACAAAAAGUAAAAUACAAAAUCAUUGCAUUUCAUAAAACUAAAUGUUAUCGGCCGCUUGGAGAAACGUACAGCAGGGUGUUGUACGCAAUCUGACCGCUACUUAUUUUCGAGGUGUGUGCAGUGGCGUACGCCCGCUCGCUGGUGCGAGUGCACUUGUACUUGCCACCAACCGGCAAAGUCCGGAAUUUGUGUCGCUGCGACGAAAUGACAACAAAAUACAAAAAUUAAUCAAAGUUGGUAUAAACAGGAUGCAUAGCUCUGUAGAAGAUGUGCAGCUGAACUCACUACACAUAAAGGUGUUGCCAGCGUUGCAAGACAAUUUUAUGUAUUUGAUUAUCGAUAGCUCUACAAAAGAAGCAGCCAUUGUAGAUCCCGUCGAUCCGGAGAGCGUGCUCGCUGCUGUAAGAGAAGAAAAUGUGCAUCUCACUAAAGUUUUAACUACACAUCAUCAUUGGGAUCAUGCCGGUGGUAAUGAAAAGCUGGUAAAACUUUAUGGCAAACCUUUAGCUGUAUAUGGUGGCGACGAGCGCAUUGGAGCACUUACAAAUAAAGUCACACAAGAUGAUAAAUUUGAAAUUGGUAAUCUUAAAGUGAGGUGCCUUUUCACGCCCUGUCACACCACAGGACACAUCUGUUACUUCGUUGAAUCGCCAAAUAGUGACGACAGAGCAGUUUUUACCGGUGACACCCUCUUCCAAGGUGGAUGUGGACGUUUCUUUGAAGGCACACCCGACCAAAUGUACUCAGCGUUGUGCCAGAAACUGUCUUCUUUGCCGGAAGACACCAAAGUUUUUUGUGGUCACGAGUAUACGUUACAGAAUAUGGCAUAUGCGCGCCAUGUCGAACCUAUGAAUGAGCGUAUUAUGAAACGUAUAGAAUGGGCAAAGUUGCGACGUGCUACCAAAGCACCAACUGUACCGUCAACUAUUGGCGAGGAGAAAUCUUGGAAUCCAUUCAUGCGUGUACAUGAGCCUAAUGUACAGAAACAUGCUGGUGAGCAAGAUCCCAUUAAAACAAUGGGAAGUUUACGCAAGGAGAAAGAUAACUUUAAAGCAUAAAGUUUGUUGGUUGAAUGAAUAGAAAAAUGGUGUUGGGUGGUAUGUUAAAUAUUAUGCGAACACUUUGAAUAUUUCCAUAACUACAUAUGUAUAUUUUGUUGUUAUAUUCGUUGUUUUUAUGUGUAUGUUAAUUCCUAAAAAUGUGAAUUUAAAAUUUACUAUAUAUCGACACAGAGCAUAUCAAUUUUAUUUGUGUUUAGAACGCUUAUGAAAUGAUAACGCAGCUGACAUUUUCUUUAAAAUUUUUGCUAUUGUUUUUGAAACUGUUGGAAUUUCAAUUACAAAACACACCAAAU